GCUACACAUUACAGCUAGCUGUGUUUUGAUUUCUUAGACUUGGUUUUACCUCCUCUGAAUUUAGUUGCCAAAAUGUCUAUUAAAGAUCCGCUACUGACUGAUUUAAAAGGAAUUCUUUUGAAACUGAAGGCAGUGACCCGACCUGUUGACGACACUCACCCAGAGACACUCCAACUCUUCACUACUAUAGAGGAUAUCUUUAAGAAGGGAUUGAAAAGUGUUAAUACAGUUUUUGGGCUGUCAAAGAAAGAUUAUUGGAAUUGGAUAGAGCAGAUAGAGCAGUAUUACAAACAUGGCAGACCAAGUGCUAAGUUUUCACACAUGUUGGAAGCAGUCCAGAAAGCCAAGAAGGUGAAGACCAAUCUUGGUAGAGGAAGGCUGUUCAUACGUCUCGCCCUUAACAAUGGUUUAUUGAGCAUUCCUAUUGAAGUCAUAACAAGUAAUGCCAAGCUAUUGGAGACAUGUUAUGAUCCAUUGGAGUCUAUAAUUGGCAAUGAGUUAUUGGUUGAGAGUCUGUCGUCCCUUCUUUUCUGGGCAUCAGAGAUUAAGUUUGAAUUCAACAUCAAAAAUUCAAGUUUCUUGGACGAGACGUGGUUGAUUCCGAUUUACCGUCAUUUUGAGCUGGUACCAAGUCAGUCUCUAGGGGUCAUUGUCAGGCAUAUCUGGGAUAGGAUCAUUGUAGCUGAGGUCAAACCAGGCAGUGUUGCAGCAGAUGAGAACAAAAUAGAGCCUGGAGAUGUAUUUGAUGAGUUGUAUGGAGAAAGUUUAUAUGCUACAGUAAGAGGAAGGAUUCCAGGGUUACUAAAGGACCAUGUGGGUUGGCCGAUCAGUCUUGCCAUUAUCAAGUGUUAUCUACCUUCAGGGAAGGUCUUUCCUCCGCUGAAGGCAAGGUAUGAGAAGAUGGCUCAGGAGUAUCCUAGCUUUUUGGUACCACAGGACAGGCUCAGCAACGGGGACUGGUCUGGAUCUAUACAAGGACUUAGACCAGGGGAAGAUGAAGACCCACCCAUGGAGAGUCUUUCAGGAAGUUCAUUCCAUAAAGUGCAAUACGUAGGGAAGGUUCCGACAGGAGAGAGUGGUGGAACAGAAGUAAUACAAGAUGCUGUACUUCAAAUACUCAAUGAUUCAUCUAAUGUUACAAGGGAUGUAGUUCUGGAGUUAGGGGAGACGUUGGUAACAAUCUUUGACCUUGAUACCAAAGAAGAACUUAUGAAACAUUGCUACCCUGAGAUUGCAUCAUGUGGAAGGCGGAUGGACUAUGUCAAACACUUUGCUCUUGUUAUUGGGGAUACAACGUGCUCUAUAUCCAAACAGUUUUCUUGCUAUUUAUUCGAAGCCAAAACAGAAAUCGAGGUAAGUUAAAAAAAAAUCAUUUAUUCAUUGUCCCUUUGUCAUAAUUAUGCUGAAAUGCAUAUGAAACCUAUUGUAGAUUUGAACGUCCAUUUAACUACUUGAUUACCAUGUCAUAUAGUAUAUUUUGUAUGUAAGGGGAUGACUGUUUAGCAAGCCAUUGGCUUUUGUUGUGAUUCCCAUACACAUUUUAUUGUAUACAUCUGAUUUGCAUUUUAUGAAUUAUUAAUGAACUGAAAACAGUGGUUACAUCUGUAUCUAAGUAUCAGCUUGCCAUUAAAAUUUGACUAGGAUGGCUGAGUUUUUAGAUGUAGAUUUUAAAUCUUGAAUUAAUAGAAUGAAAUUCAGGGUGGAG